AUAUGGUCCAACUCGUCGCGAGAGCGGCGAGGGAUGUGCGGCGUGUGGCGAAGGGAAGGAGGAGGGCUUCGCCUUUGCGGUAAUACCCGCAGGCCGCUAGUUGCAUCCAACACAGCCACAAGACUCAAAAUAUCACGUGAUGAUGACACGACAAUGUUGCCUUAUCCCGCGGUCAUCACCGCGUCGAAUUAACCUUGCUUCGUCCAACCCUGAAAAGGGUAUCAACAAUCUCUCCAGAAGAGCUACGCCACCUAGAUCCGUAGUCAUUUGUGAUGAGUCGUCCAACAUACGAUGAAGAAGAAGUGACCCCUCCUUCGAGCUUCCAUAAUCCCCCCUCUCCUCCACUCACAGAUGAGAAGGUGGCGGGUGACAGGCUCUCCAUCUGGCAGAACAUCGCAAAUCACAGGUCCGGCGGCGCACCCCAGACAUUUCGCAAGGUCGGCAGGAGGGAGUGGAAUGUUGUGCAAGAGUCGCUGCAACGAACAGACAAGAUACAUUUCGAUUAUUUUCCCUCGAGCGAGCACCUUUUCCUGCGCAUGCCCACCAAAGUUCACGAGCUAUUCUUGCGGAGCCUGAGCGGGCGUAUCAGCGAACAGCUGCGUCUCUUAUCUAGCGGGUCGGACCCCAUCGCAGAUUUCGCAAAGGAUGUUCGAGACGUUGGGUCUGCCACAAUAAGGGCUCGAGAUCCUGACUACGGGAGCCACGAUCCAGACAGUUCUUUCCAGCAUCUCAGAUCGCCAUUACCUACCGUGAUCAUCGAGGUAGCACAUUCACAGAAUGGGAGAGCCCUGGGGCACCUUGCGGAGGAAUACAUUUUAGGGAGCGACUUGGUUAUUCGGGUUGUGGUGGGAGUGGACAUCGAGUACUGCAAGAGCAAACGGGCCGUCUUCUCCGUGUGGCGCGCAGAGGAGCAGAGCUUCGGAACUGAAAAAUAUUGGGUCGUCCAAUCCGUGGUCACAAAUCAAGUGUUCCGCAAUGACGAUGGCAAACCACACCCAGACAAAAGCUCCGAUUUACGACUGCACCUGGAGGAUUUUGCAGAUGCAGAGACGUGCCGAUAUUUCAAGGACUUGGACAAAGACAUUUCCGUGUCGUGUGACGAGAUGUAUCAGUACCUGGAAGAAGCUGAAGCUAUUGUGAAGCGUACGGAAUCUAAAAUGCAGGAACCAAGCUUGCGCUUAAAGAAGCGCCGGCGAACACAGACUCCCGAAGAGCAACUUGACGAUGACGACGAAUAUGCCUACGCCAAGGCUGAAGAACACGUCUCCAAGCGACGGGAUCUGGAGGAUGAUUCUUUUAAAGGAAGCUCUUCAGAAUAAACACCAGUAGCCUGGCAUUGAGGAUGGGUGAUAAGGCAAUCAACAGCCCAGUCUACCUCCGCCGUACCGCGUCGCGUGUCCCCUCCUUCUUGCUCCUCUUAUACACUGAAAUGAUGUAUUUCUGCGCGAACCCUUCAACAUUGCGUUCGUAAAUCGUUCGCAUAGCCAUUGGUGGUCUUGUUGAAUCCUCGUGCAGAUGAGACUGCAAUCUAUAAUAUCAG